AUGGGUACUCGCUCGUUAGUUUUGGUUAUGAUGGUUGUUGCUUGCAUGAUGUGCACAAGCACAAAGCCGGUUAUAGCACGUCGCCUUCUUGAAGCAUCCGUGCCUGAGGUUCCUAAACCAGAGGUGCCAAAAUUGGAGGUACCCGAACUUCCAAAACCUACCUUGCCUGAGCUACCAAAACCAGAAGUGCAUGAACUUCCAAAACCCACAAUUCCCGAGCUCCCAAAACCCACAUUGCCUGAGCUACCAAAGCCAGAAGUACAUGAAAUUCCAAAACCUACCAUCCCCGAGUUACCAAAACCAAAACUACAUGAAAUUCCAAAACCCACCAUUCCUGAGCUACCAAAGCCAGAAGUGCAUGAAAUUCCUAAACCCACCAUACCCGAACUACCAAAGCCAGAAGUUCACCAAAUUCCUAAACCCACCAUUCCAGAGCUACCAAAGCCAGAAAUGCACGAAAUUCCUAAACCCACCAUUCAUGAGCUACCAAAGCCAGAAGUGCACGAAAUUCAUAAACCCACCAUUCCAGAGCUACCAAAGCCAGAAGUGCAUGAAAUUCCUAAACCCACCAUUCCUGAACUACCAAAGCCAAAAUUGCAUGAAAUCCCAAAACCCACCAUUCCUGAGCAACCAAAGCCAGAAGUUCAUGAAAUCCCAAAACCCACUGAACCUGAGCUACCAAAGCCAAUAGUGCAUGAAAUUCCUAAACCCACCAUACCCGAAGUACCAAAGCCAGAAGUUCAUGAAAUCCCAAAACCAACCACACCUGAAGUACCAAAGCCAGAAGUUCAUGAAAUCCCAAAACCAACCAUUCCCGAGCUACCAAAGCCAAAAUUGCAUGAAAUCCCAAAACCCACCAUACCCGAGCAACCAAAGCCAGAAAUGCAUGACAUCCCAAAACCCACCAUACCCGAGCAACCAAAGCCAGAGGUGCAUGAAAUUCCAAAACCUAUCGUACAUGAGCAACCAAAGCCAGAAGUGCACGAAAUUCCAAAACCCACCAUACCCGAGGUACCAAAGCCAGAAGUACAUGAACUUCCAAAACCUACCAUCCCUGAACUCCCAAAACCCACCUUGCACGAGAUGCCAAAACCAGAAAUACCCGAACUACCUAAGCCCACCUUGCCCGAGCUUCCCAUCCCUAAGAUGCCCGAACUUCCAAAACCCACAUUCCCUGAAUUGCCUAAGCCAACCAUUCCAGAGGUUCACAUGCCUACUAUCCCAGGCCAUCCUUGA